GGAUAAUAGAAAUAUUGAAGGCGUGAUGUAGUGAGCUUGCAUGGCCCUGUGGCAGGAGGACGGUCGCCAUCUCUGGGUAAACACUGUAACCGUAUCACGCAGUUGAUAUUGUAGUGUGUGGAUUGAAGCCAUUGCGUACAGCAGCAGCAGCAGCAGCAGCAGCAGCAGCAGCAGGAGGGGUGCUAUGCUGCCUGCCACCGCGGACACACACGACUUAAAUGCAGGACUGACGCUUUGUUUGUCUCCUGCACAUCGGACAGUCACCUCAGAUGUUUGGACCCUUCCUCUCAGCUGGCAUUUCGUCUUGUUUGUAAGCUCCGGGGAAAUGGGACUGCAUGCUUCGAAUAAAAUGGGAUUUUAAUGCUGCAAACAGCGGACGCUUUAGCCUGUGCACAGCCAGGGGACUGUAGUGCGCUUGGUAAUGUUUGCCAAGGAAUAAAACGGUGUAGCCGAAGGUGCAUACCAUCUCGUUUCCAUGGACAACACGUCCAUAAUAACACAGGUUGCAAAUCCGAAAGAGGAGGAGAGCAUUUCUUCAAGUCAAGAUAAAGUCUCCCAGUCCAACAGCAGCCUAAAGAAGCAUCGCAGCCGGAGCAUUUUCAGCCCAUUCUUCUGCUGCUUCCGCAACUACAAUGAGUACCACGUGGAACCACCACCCGCCAACAACAAGACACAUUCUCUGCCCCCGCCGCCAGAGGAGAAUGGAAGUCCUCCCAAGUGUGACCAGGUCCAGGUCAUCCCCAUUCCCAGUCCUCCAGCUAAGUUCCUCCUACCUGAGGUCAGUAUAGCUGACUAUGGUAAAACCUGUGUGGUGAUCGACCUGGACGAAACCCUUGUGCACAGCUCCUUCAAGCCCAUCAGCAAUGCAGACUUCAUCGUUCCAGUGGAGAUUGAUGGGACUGUUCAUCAGGUGUACGUGCUAAAGAGGCCCCAUGUGGAUGAGUUUCUCCAGAAGAUGGGGGAGCUCUUUGAAUGCGUCCUCUUCACAGCGAGCUUAGCAAAGUACGCUGACCCUGUGGCAGACCUGCUGGACCAGUGGGGGGUGUUUCGGGCCCGGCUCUUCAGGGAAUCCUGUGUUUUCCACAGAGGAAACUACGUCAAAGACCUCAGCCGGCUGGGCCGAGUUCUCAGUAAAGUCAUCAUCAUAGACAACUCACCUGCCUCCUACAUCUUCCACCCUGAGAAUGCAGUCCCAGUGCAGUCCUGGUUUGAAGACAUGACAGACACCGAGCUGCUGGACCUGAUUCCUCUGUUUGAGGGCCUCAGUAAGGAGGAGGAUGUUUACAAUCUGUUACAGAGCCUGAGGAACAGGUAGCAGACGGCAACUCCAGCUGGUCCUUCCUGCCUUGGCUCCGCUGCGCGAGGGCCUCACCUGGCUGCCACGGCCCCUCAGUCCGGCUCCCGUCCUGCAACCGGCACUGGGAGUCCCACCUGUGGCUCCCAAUCUGAGGACCUCAGGCAAACGCUCCCGUCAUGAUGAAAUCUAGAGACAACUGUAUGGAUUCUUUCCAUCUCUGGAUUCCUGGACUCUUUGUACAGGACUCUGACUGACAAAAUAUGCUAUUACUGUAUGUACAUACUAUAUGUUUCUAAGCAAGACAUACAUGAAGUAAUUUUUCUAUCAGAGAGCGGAGGUUUUACUAUUCUAUCAAGUAAUAUUUUAAUUACCAAAAAUAAUCCGGACAAAGAGGUUUUUUUUCCGAGAAUGGGUGACCUUUCAGUUUUCUUGCGUUGAGCUGUGCUAUGCAGGCUGUUAUAUCUCGUCUGACCUUUUAUUUAAACAACUGUGAUUUAUCUUCUCUUACAGAAUGAAGUGCCUUCAUUACUGUGCUGAUUUUGUUGUGUCGGGUUAUGGGGUGCACAUUUUUAUGCUGCAUAUUUACUCAAAUCUCCAAAUGCGUAUUAACUACAUCCUUAAAGUUGGAAGGAAGUCUUUGGUAAUUGUCACUUAAUCUGAGAAAACAAAAAAGAAUAAUUUCUAUAAAUGUUUCCAACUAGCCUCUUAGACCUGGAUGGUAAUUUUAAAAUUAAGCAAAACUGAAUUGUUAAAUUUACUAAAGAUUUCUACAAUUCAAUGUGAUUUGAAACUGACAUCAUUUGAUCAUUGAUAGUGACUGUAAAUGGAUAAACCUUAAAGACAUUGAAACCCCACUUUAUUGUUGAAAAAAAGAAAAGAAACCUUUGUGAUGACAUUACGUCCACCAAUAAAUGUUAAACUUUUGAGGAAGAUGUAAUAAUUAGCUUAGAUUACAUGAAAUAAAAUUAUAUUUAUUGGGGUAAAGGGGGUUGGGUGCAUUGUAGACAGCUGUUGAAUACGGUCUGUACAACAUUAUUAAAGUUGCAGGUUUGCACACUGU